AUGUAUUCUACUAUGAACAAUAUUAUAAUCAAACUUACACAUCUGAUCUUGGCUUUUCUUCUUCUUCCAAUUUUCACUAUAAUUGUUUGCUCAUGCAACACACGAGAACGACAACAAACCCAUCUAGAGAGAAGACAGGCGCUCCGCGAACGUCAACGACAGGCAGUUCUCUCCGGAAGAAGUGUUCGAAGUGUUAUCGAAACAGAAGUUGACAGUGAAACCGUUCAUUGUCCCACCUGGGUGUGUGUUGGAAAAUUGACACCACGUCUGAAAAACCCAAAUGAAGUUUACGAAAGAAUCGAUCAAUUCGAGGAAGCCAGUGAGAACUUGAAUAAGGAAAAACCACCAUUCACGUUAAUUGUUGAUUCGCCAAACAAUCGUAGAAAGAGUAUGAAGAUGAAGAAUGUCAAGUACACGGAUCUUGUGUCGAAUGAUUUCGAUGUGAUCUCCACCUCAUCUUGUUCAUAUGUGAAUUCAAUGGUUUGA